AUGCUUAGCCAAAACCCCAGGAUAAUGGAAGCCCGGGGUGAAACCUACCAUAACGACACACAGCAGCAGCAGCAGCAGCAUUACUACCCCUACCGCCACCAAUUUCGCCCUCAUCGUGUCCCCCGAGAUUCCCAGCAACAUUUCAUGACAGUCAUGAACGGAAACGCGGCCGAGAGGUCGAUGCUCUCGCAAGAGUCGGAGAAGGAGAAGAUGGCAUACCUAGGCGAACGGCAGCCGUCAGACAUCGAGAGCGAAAGCGGACGAAGCAGGGAUUCCGACGACCGCUUCUCCGAGACCACAGCGUGGUCCUCGACCACAGCGAAUCCGUUUUCGAAAAGCCUGCGGAUUCCGUCUUGGAGCCGUAUGUUACGACGGACGGCCGUCUUCCUGCUUCCCAGCUUCCUACACCACCACCAGCACCGGCUACCGUUCCUGGGAGGAGAACCCGCCAGGCUCGGGGAUGGCGGCAUCACCACCAUCACCACGGAGAAAGACAAGGACGUAAGCUGGAACAGGAACGCGAGCACCACCCCCAAGCAACACCCAACAGCCUACCUCGACGGCAUGCGCGGCCUAGCCGCCCUCUUCGUCGUCUUCUGCCAUUACGCAUACACGUCGUUCGUCAUCGCCACGGGCUGGGGCGUCGACGGCGCCAACCGCGAGCUGCUGCGCCUGCCCUUCGUGCGGCUCCUGUACUCCGGGCCCUCGAUGGUGUGCGUCUUCUUCGUCGUCUCGGGCUACGCUUUAUCCCUAGAGCCGCUGAAGCAGGCGCGCGCGCGCUCAUAUGAUGGCCUCUUGCGCACGCUGUCGUCGUUCGCGUUCCGCCGCGCUUUUCGUUUGUUCCUGCCGCCCAUGGCCACCACGCUGGCUGUGGUUGUGUUGUUAAGAUUGGGCGCGCUGGAGGGCGUGCGCGGGUUCGUGGAUGACCCAGUCUAUUUUCGAAAUGUCCGUGAGACGCACCCGCCGCUGCUGCCGUCCGGUAGAGAGCAGUUCCGCCACUGGGCCUGGCAGAUGUUCGACUUCGUGCACGUCUUCGGCUGGGAGCAGUUCGGCGGCUCGACCGGCUACGACGUGCAUCUUUGGACUAUCCCCCUCGAGUUCCGGUGCUCCCUGUUUCUGUUCCUGACGCAGCUGGCAACGGCGCGGCAGCGCGCCCCGCCGCGCAUGGUUUGUUUGGUGCUGCUGUCGUGGUUCUCGUUCCGGCUGGGCCACUGGGAGGUCCUGCUCUUCCUGGCCGGGAUGGCCAUCGCGGAGCUCGACUUGAUUCGUGGCGCCCACGAGCCUUCGCGCUCGCCCUCGCGGCCCACCUCCCCGACGUUCCUGCUGCCCCUCGACGAGGCGAAGGCCUCCGCGGCGCUGAAGCGCGCCUGCUCGUCCGACUUGGUCUGGACGCUCGUGUCCGUCCCGGCUCUGUACCUAAUGUCAUGCCCCGACGCCGGGCCCGACGGCGACGUGCCCGGGUGGCGGUACCUAGCCUCCCUGAUCCCGGACUGGUUCGCCGAGCGGUACCGGUUCUGGCAGAUCUGGGGCGCGGUGCUAUUCGUGUUCUGCGCGGCGCGGUCGCCGGGCUGGCAGCGCGUCUUCACUACGCCGCUCGUGCAGUAUUUCGGUCGUAUUAGUUAUGCUGUUUACUUGCUGCAUGGACCCGUGCUGCAUACGGUGGGUUAUAGAGUUGAGCGCUGGGCUUGGGGCGUCACGGGCACUGAGGACGGGGCUUAUGAGAGAGGGUUCGUGCUUGCGGGCCUGGUUAAUAUUCCGCUGAUUGUGUGGGUGGCGGAUGUGUUUUGGCGCGCUGUUGAUGCGCCGGUUGUUAGGUUUGCGAAGUGGUUGGAGGCGAAGCUUGUUGUUGAGGAUUAG